UGUUCUUUGAAAAAAAAAAGUCGAACCUAAACCUGUCUGACAAAUUCAUGGUCGACGGCUCCUGAUCUCCAGCACCAAAAACCUAGUCCACGUUUACGAAAGACAGCAAAAGCACACUCAAAAAGAACCAGACGAUCCCAUGGACGAAACUCUUGAAGAGACGGAACAUGAACGCAUUGAACGGAUAACAGCAGAAGCGGUGGCAUCCAUAAAGUCCUUUACAGAGUCACAAGAUGGCAGCAAAGAAAAUGACAAUCAAACACCUUCCUCCACGACAGCAGCAACAGCAACUGCCUCCACCAGUACCACCACCAGCACGAGUACGCCCGCUGUUUCUGUUGCAUUCUCUGAACCCACACAGCAGCAGCACUCGCCGCUAACAACAACUAGUGCCGCGGCUGUCGCUGCUGCCACGGCAGCAGCCAACAGUAUAUCCACGCAUGACCUUGCGAAUCUUAACAUGACUCCCGCACAACUUCAGCAAGUUACUGCCGCACAAGCACAAGCGCUUGCUCAAACAGCAGCAGCGGCUAUGGCAGCAACGUCUACAGCCAGUUCUUCAGCAACACCUACUACAGCGGCUAUCAGUGCCGAAACAACUAAUAACAAUGGCCAGCAGCACCUUUUUGCGCUUAAUACCAGCUCAACACCCAUUGCGUCACACAGCACACCAGCCAACGGAGGAAGCAGCGACGCGCAGCCGAUGACUGGUGUGGUAUUGAAUGAUGGAAACUCGAUACCCUCAGUUUCACAACUUACAGCAGAAAUGCUCAAACGGGAGCUUAUCAAUCAAAAGGUCCGGUCAAUGACGGUGGAUAUGAGGAAGGAAGAGGGUUGCAGCAGGAAAAGUUAGUGUGUGCAUGAAAAAGCUGAAGGUACGAUCAUAUAGGUCCGUGCAGAUAAUCGAGAGCGCAAAAAGAGAUGGCGAGCCUUGAAUGAGGAGCGUAAUAA